AUGCAAAAGUUGACUCAGUCUUGUACUGACUGGGACUCUGAGCCCUCACCAAUGCUAUUUAAAAAAUGGCUAGAUUUUUACAAUGAUUUGCAGGCAAUGAAAGAGAUUAAAAUCAAACGAAAUGUUACUGUUGACAAUAUUCAGUCUGCUCAGCUUGUAGCAUUUGGUGAUGCCUCAGUUUUUGCAUAUGGGACUGCUAUUUAUCUAAGAGUCACUGACAAGCAUGGUAAAGUAUCUAUGUCUCUUCUUUGUUCUAAGAGUCGCAUUGCAUCUAAAGACAAGAAAUUGACUGUGCCACGAUUAGAAUUAAAUGCAUCACUUUUAAUGGCAAAAUUAUGCUUGAGAGCAUACAAUACAUUAAGUAAGAAGAUUUCUAUUGAAAGUGUGCAUCUUUUCAGUGAUUCUCAGGUUGUUCUGGCAUGGCAAAAAACGGAUCCAACAAAGUUAAAUGCUUAUGUUGCUAAUAGAGUCAAAUUAAUCAAUGAAUAUACAAAGGGUUUUCAAUGGUUGUAUAUAAAAACUGACCUCAAUCCCUCUGACUGUUUGAGUCGAGGUGUACAACCCAGCGAACUACAAGGUAACCAACUGUGGUGGUGUGGUCCAGCUUGCAUGUCUGAUCCAGAGUAUAAAUUCACCGAUGACUGUAAGAAUGUACCUGACAACUUACCGGAGAUCAAGCAUGCAGAUGGAUCCAAGCCGGUGUGCAUGGCAUCAUAUCAAUCGGUUUCUCUUGCAAAUGAUUUGUUAGAUAAGUUUUCUAACAUUAAUAGGGCAGUAAAUGUGCUUGCUUAUAUACAAAGGUUCUGUAAAAAUGUGAGGCCGGGUUCACAAAAAGUUAAGCUUAAUUUCAUUACAUUUAGCGAGGCCACUCAGGCAUUGCAUUUAAUUAUAAAAAAUGAACAGGAAAAGUUCUUUGAUAAAGAGCUAGCUUCAUUGCGGGCAGGUAGGCAAGUUGCAUCGUAUUUGCUGUCUGUCAAUCCCUUCAUUGAUGCUAAUGGCAUUCUCAGAGUAGGUGGACGUUUGCAACAUUCUUCCUUACCUUAUAGUCAAAAGCAUCAGAUAAUCUUACCUAAAGAGUCUAGGGUGACUCACCUUAUUAUUGAAAAUGAACAUUUGAAGCUGUUACAUGCCAGUCAAAAAGAAGUGCUUAGCAAUUUAAGUCAACGCUAUUAUAUAGUAAAUGGUUUGCGAUUGGUAAAAAAGUUUGUAAAUAGAUGUCUCACAUGUUUUAGACUAAAAGGUGUAACCGCAAAACAGCUGAUGGGUUCAUUGCCCGCUGGUAGGGUCAACAUAGAUCGUGCGUUUGCUAAGGUUGGCAUAGACUUUGCGGGACCAAUGCUAAUAAAGCAGUCAAGAGUGAGAAGUGUCAUCACUACAAAAGGUUACAUUGCUGUGUAUGUGUGCUUCGUUACCAAAGCCGUACAUUUAGAGUUGGUGUCAGAUCUGACUACUGAUACAUUCUUGGCUAGCUUCAAACGUUUCAUUGCAAGACGUAAUGUUCCAACCGAGGUUUAUUGUGACAAUGUUGCUACUUUUAAAUGA